AUGGGAUCAAAGAGCAAAAAGAAAAAAGGUGGAGAUCAGGCUGCUGGGGAUGAGGAGGAGGCAAAAAAGAAAAAGAAAGACAAGAAGAAAAAAUCCUCAGAGAAAGGUGAUAGUGAUGAAGACACAAAGAAGACAAAGGGAAAGAAGAAAAAGAUUGAAAACUAUGUUGAAAUCUAUGAGAACGAGCUCCGCAACUAUGAGCCAGAGAACGUGGAGAACUACGAGGACGAAUACCACAAAAAGAAAGUGUAUGAGGUGGUGACCAUUACAGGGGAUGAGAGCGGAGCAGGUACUGAUGCCAACGUGUUCAUAACUCUUUUUGGAGAGUAUGGCAUCACACCCAAAAUUCACCUGGCCAGCAACACGGAGAAAAAGAGUAGAACUGCAUUUGAAAGAGCCAAAACUGAUGUGUUCAGGAUCAGAACUCACAAUGUUGGGCACCUGAAAAAAAUAAGGAUUGAGCAUGACAACACAGGCAUGAAUGCAAGCUGGUUCCUGGACCGAGUGAUCAUCACAGAUGUAAUCCGCCCCCAUUUAAGGUUUUACUUUUCUUGUAAUAAUUGGCUCAGUAGGGUGGAGGGAGAUCGCCUUUAUGUUAGAGACCUGCUGGCCACUAUGGACCAAAUGGACAUGCCCAAAUACAACAAGUACAUUGUGAGCGUUUUUACUGCGGACAUGAAAGGAAGCGGAACUGAUGCAGAUGUCUUCAUCAAUAUUUUUGGCGAGUUUGGAGACACAGGAGAAAGAUGCCUUGACAGCGACAAAAACAACUUUGAAAAAGGCACAGAGGACAAGUUCACAAUCGAGGCACCAAACUUGGGGAGAAUUAGGAAAAUCACCAUCGGCCAUAACAACAAAGGCUCCUCAGCAGGAUGGUUUCUUGAUAAGGUGAUUUUGGAUGAUUUGGGAAACAAAGUAGUAUAUGAAUUCCCCAUCCAUCGCUGGUUUGCCCUAGAUGAAGAUGAUGGGAAGAUUCAGAGGGACAUUUUGGUGGGAGCCGACCAGCCGACAGGUAUUAUCUACAAUGUUCAGGUUGUGACGGGAAACAUCCGAGGUGCAGGGACCAACUCCAAAAUUCACAUAGUGAUGCAUGGUACCAAAGGCCAGAAGAACAGUGGAAAGAUAUUUCUGGAAGGAGGAGAAUUUGAGCGAGGCCUGACAGACAUAUUUAAUGUCGAGAUUGCUGCGCUGCUCAGUCCUCUCAGCAGAGUUACCAUUGGACACGACAAUGAUGGGGUCAGCCCCGGUUGGUACUGUGAGAAGGUUGUCGUGUACUGUCCUUUCACGGGGAUAGAGCAGACCUUCCCAUGUGGUAAAUGGCUGGAUGAAAAGGAGGGGGACGGGCUGAUUGAGAGAGAGUUGUAUGAGAUGGUCUCUCUAAGGCAAAGGAGGCAGAAAAAACACCCCUGGUCCUUGUGGAUUUGGACGUCAGACCUGCAAGGUGCUGGCACCGAUGCAGAUAUCUCUUUUCAGGUUUAUGGAGAAAAGGGCAAGUCAGAUGAAAUCAGGCUGGACAAUAAGUCUGACAACUUUGAAAAGGGUCAGGUUGACAAGUUUAUGGUUGAACUGCCUGAUUUGGGAAAAUUGACCAAACUCCGUAUCUGGCAUGAGAAGAGAAAUCCUUUUGCAGGAUGGCAUCUGAGCAAGGCAACUUUGAUGAAGACAUUGACAAAGGAGAAGUACACAUUUCCAUGUGAGCGGUGGCUGGAUAUAAACGAAGACGACAAUGAGGUUGUGAGGGAGCUUCCUGCCUGUGGAGACCUGAUUGUUGAGCCACUGCCUGUGAUUAAAUAUCGGCUGACAGUCUGUACUGGUAAUGUUGGUGGAAGCGGAACAGACGCAUCAAUAUUCAUCAACCUGAUUGGAGACCAGGGGGAUACAGGAGAGAGGCAGCUGAUAAACUGCAAAAACAAUGUCAACAAGUUCGAGAAAGGAAAUAUGGAUGAGUUUAUAAUUGAGGCCGUGACCAUCGGGCGGGUCCACAGGAUGAGGAUUGGACAUGAUGGGAAAGGCGGUGGCUGUGGCUGGUUUCUUGAUAAAGUGAUUGUAAGAGAAGAAGGAAAGGCAGAGGCCCAAGCUGUAGAAUUCCCCUGCAACAGGUGGCUAGACCGCAAUGAGGACGAUGGACAAAUCACUAGAGAAUUGGUGCCAUUCUCUGAUGGACAGCGACUGUACAAUAUCAGCUAUCAGAUCGCAAUAAAGACCGGCGACAUACCAGGAGGAAGCUCAGACUCGAAUGUAUUUGUCAAGCUAUAUGGCGAGAAGGGAGACACUGACAAGACGAUGCUGGUGGUUUCUACAAACAACUUGGGGAACUACUUUGAGACCGGCCGUGUUGACAUCUUCACAGUGGAAACCUUUGAUAUUGGACAGAUCAACCGUCUUCUGAUUGGUCACACUAACAAAGGCAUGCGUGCAGGUUGGUUCCUUGACAGCGUCCAGAUUAUGGUUCCCAUACAAGGAAAGAAUUACAUGUUCCCGAGUCACCGGUGGCUUGACAAAGACGAAGCUGAUGGAAAAACAGAGGUGGAGAUUUACCCAAGCGAGAUCCUAGAAAUGGUACAAUUGAUGAACUAUGAGGUAACAGUAGUCACUGGAGAUGUGAUGUUUGCCGGCACCAAUGCACGAGUGUUUAUCCAGAUCUAUGGGGAGAAGGGCAAAACUGAAAUUAUCACUCUUGAAAACAGAUCCAACAAUUUCGAACGGAAUACAACAGAAAUAUUUAAGUUUGAGGCCAAAGAUGUGGGGAAGAUCUUUAAAAUACGAAUUGGUCACGAUGGCUCCGGAAUUGGAUCUGGCUGGUUCCUGGAGGCAGUUGAUGUUAAACAUCUUAUAAUGGCUCUGAUGCCUAAAGAAAAGAAAAAAGAAGACAAGAAAAAGAAGAAGAAGAAAAAGAAAGACGAGGUUGAGGACGAAGAUGAAGCAGAGGAGAUGCGGGAGGUGGUGCUCGCAUACCAUUUUCCUUGCUCACGCUGGCUUAGCAAGGGAGAGGAGGAUGGAGAACUUGUGGUGGAGCUUCUAUCUGAAGAUGCAGAGGAAGAUCUAGAAGUUUCUACCUUUUGA